AUCGAUAUAGCCAUCUAUUUCUCUCUCCGACACUUCCAAAUUCUAGUGCGAGAAAAGUAAAACCCAAAAAUUAAUAAAAAUAAAAAUAAAUUCACCAGAAACUCUUCGACCAUGGCGAUAGCUAGUCUUUUGUGACGAUUAUAUCGAUGGAAAUGCCCGGUAGACGAUCCAAUUAUUCUCUCCUCAGCCAGUAUCCCGACGAUCAAUUGCCCGUCGCUUCGUCGCCGUUUUACGAGUCUCACUCCGGCGAUGGCAAAAGCAACAUCAACUCUAGCAAACCUAAACUCGAUUGGGAAUCCAGUAGUGGUGGCGAUCACAAAUUCAGUCAACAGUCAAACAGAAUUGGAAAUUUGUACACGUCAUCGAUGGGUCUACAGCGCCAAUCUAGCGGCAGUAGUUUUGGAGAGAGCUCGAUGUCCGGAGAUUAUUACGCUCCGACUUUAUCCAGCGCCGCCGCUAAUGAGAUCGAUUCGUUUGGUGACGUGUACAAAGUUGGAGGAGGCGAUUAUAAAGCGAAGCCGCCUAAGGAGGGUUCGUCGUCGGGAAAAAGUUGGGCUCAGCAGACUGAAGAGAGUUAUCAGUUGCAGUUGGCCUUGGCCUUGAGGCUUUCGUCGGAAGCAACAUGUGCGGAUGAUCCGAAUUUUUUGGAUCCGGUACCGGAUGAGUCCGCGUUAAGGUCCGGAUCAGCCAGCUCAGCUGAGGCGGUUUCUCAUCGGUUUUGGGUGACUGGAUGCUUAUCAUACUUCGACAAAGUUCCUGAUGGAUUUUAUUUAGUUCAUGGAGUGGAUCCAUAUGUAUGGACAGUUUGCACUGAUCUGAACGAGAAUGGUCGUAUUCCAUCUAUUGAAUCUCUAAGAUCUGUUGAUCCUAGUGUUGAUACUUCAAUUGAAGUUCUUUUGAUUGAUCGACGCAGUGAUCCUAGCCUAAAGGAACUCCAAAAUAGAGUCAUGAACAUUUCUUGUAGCUGUAUAACCACAAAAGAGGUUGUUGAUCAACUUGCAAAGCUUGUCUGCAAUCGCAUGGGAGGUUCAGCUGCGAUGGCGGAAGAUGACUUUGUUUCCAUUUGGAGAGAGUGCAGUGAUGAUAUAAAAGAUUGCUUAGGAUCUGUGGUAGUUCCUAUGGGUAGCCUUUCUGUUGGCCUCUGCAGACAUCGGACUUUAUUGUUCAAAUUGCUAGCUGAUGCUAUUGAUUUACCUUGUCGAAUUGCAAAGGGCUGCAAAUAUUGCAAACGAGAUGAUGCUUCCUCUUGUCUUGUUAGGUUUGGGCUUGACAGGGAGUAUUUAGUUGAUUUGAUAGGGAAGCCAGGUCAAUUAUGUGAGCCUGAUUCCUUGCUCAAUGGUCCAUCUUCCAUAACAAUUGCUUCCCCAUUGCGUUUUCCACGACUCAAAUCAGCUGAACCUACUAUGGAUUUUAGGUUGCUGGCAAAACAGUAUUUUUCAGACUGUCAGUCACAUAAUCUUGUAUUUGAUGAUUCAUCAGCAGGUUCUGCUGUUGAAGAAGAAGAUAACAAAUUCUCAAUGUAUCCUAAGCAAUUUGAUAAGAUGGGGACAGAGAGGAACCUUGUGCAGUUCUCUAGCAGCAUCAAUGAAUCCCAGUUAGCUCUGCCUCCAAAAGGAGUUCGGCCAAGUGCCCAUGAUAGAGAUUCUGAACUUUUUAAAUCAUGUAAUCCCACUCAGAAUAUUAUUCACUCUUUAAACUUGGUUAAUGAUCCAAUUCCUAUGAAGCAUAACCAACCUAUUGGACAUACAGACGGUCAACCAUGCUUGGCAUUAACUGAUCAGAUAGUAGAUACAGCUAAAGAUUUGAGGUUUCCUGAGGGUGCUCAAUUGAUUCCCACUAAACCAAGUAAAGACCUUUCCCUUUAUGUGGAAGAGUUAGAUAUCCCAUGGAAUGAUCUUGUCCUAAAAGAAAGAAUUGGAGCAGGUUCUUUUGGAACUGUCCAUCGUGCUGAUUGGCAUGGCUCGGAUGUUGCUGUGAAAAUUCUCAUGGAGCAAGACUUUCAUGGAGAACGCUUUCAGGAAUUUUUGAGGGAGGUUGCAAUAAUGAAGCGCCUACGGCAUCCAAAUAUUGUUCUUUUUAUGGGUGCGGUCACUCAGCCCCCAAACUUAUCCAUAGUGACAGAAUAUUUAUCAAGAGGCAGCUUGUAUAGGCUUUUACAUAAACCUGGUGCAAGAGAGGUGUUGGAUGAGAGGCGCCGUUUGAAUAUGGCAUAUGAUGUGGCAAAGGGAAUGAAUUAUCUUCAUCGGCGUAAUCCUCCCAUUGUUCAUAGAGAUUUGAAAUCUCCAAAUCUUUUGGUUGACAAGAAGUAUACAGUGAAGGUUUGUGAUUUUGGACUUUCCCGUUUGAAGGCAAACACUUUUCUGUCAUCAAAAUCUGCUGCAGGGACUCCUGAGUGGAUGGCACCAGAAGUUCUCUGCGAUGAGCCAUCAAAUGAGAAGUCAGAUGUAUACAGCUUUGGUGUAAUAUUGUGGGAGCUUGCAACAUUGCAACAGCCCUGGGGCAACUUAAAUCCAGCACAAGUUGUAGCAGCUGUUGGUUUCAAGGGGAAGAGGCUUGAGAUUCCACGUGAUUUAAAUCCUCGAGUAGCUUCGAUAAUUGAGGCUUGCUGGGCUAACGAGCCUUGGAAACGUCCGUCCUUCUCCACCAUCAUGGACUUAUUAAGGCCCUUGAUUAAACCUCCUACGCCUCAGCCAGGAGGCCCAGGUCGUGCAGACAUGCAGUUACUUACUUGAGUGGAUAGAACACCUGAGAGGUCUUAUUCGUGCACAUAAUACACGUCAUUUAUUCUUUUAGAUUUUAUGUCCGGCAGGAAGACACAGUUUAGGUAGUCUGAGAAAUGAUUGUUGUACAUGUCUGUUCUCACAGCUGAUUGGGCAUUCUGAUUUUUGAAGAAAAUUAAGUAAUUUUCCAAUACCCACUUUGCCUUUUUCCUACUUUGUCUCGACAAUAUUAUUUGUAUUGAUUUGUUUAAUUAGUACAUUACGCCAUGUCAUUAUGGAAAGUUGUAUAAUUCUGUUUCUGUCUCAUGAUUUUGUAUGUAAAAAUUGUAACUGUAAAUUAGUUAAUGAGAAGCAGCUUUACCGGCAUAGCACAACAGUCACGUGACUUGACCAUGCAUUUGAAUUUUGUGUUAACAUUAUUUUACUUGUAAUAAAUGUUUUCCAAUCAUUGUUUUA